AAUUCCUUUCCUGAUUCUCUUGUCGCUCACAGCUCGCUCAGGUCGACUCUGAUUCGCUGGUGGAAAAGCGCAGCCAGCAAAUUGGUUGCUCCCCUUCCCCUUCCCCGAAUCCAUACAUCCAUCCGCCGCAACGCAGCAGGGGUCGGAGUCCUUCCCCUCCCGCCGCGAAUCCCAUCCAUCCAUCCGCCGCAACGCAACGCAGCAGGGGUCGCAGCCGCCGCAAGCCUCGAAUCUCCCGACCCCACUCACCGGGGCGGGGGCUACAAAUGGCCGCCGCCGAGCCGACCGGAGCCGGCAAGGGCCUGGAGGAGAUAAGACAGGGAGGAGGGGACGGGGCCGCGCCGACGGCGGACGCCCACAACGGGGACCGCCCCACCGACCACCACCACGCCCCCGGCCCGUCCACGUCUUCCGCCUCAGAUAACGGAAACCUCCAUAGGUCAAGCACUAUGCCGGGGGUGAUCAAGGAUACCGAGAUAACUGCUGAAACUACGGGUCCAUCAAAUCUGGAAAGGUCAAAAACUGAGAGGCGCAAACAAAAUAACCCAGCUGAUGAUCCUGCUAAACAGUUAUUGGAUGAUAAGAUUUCCAUAAGGAAAAAGCUCAAAAUGUUAAAUCGAAUCGCUACAGUGAAGGAUGAUGGAACUGUGGUUGUUAAUGUACCAAGUACACUAGAAGCGACUCCAAUUGACGUUGGAGCAGUGGAUGGCUAUGAGGAUGUUGUUGUUGAAGAGUCAUUAGAUGGAUCAGAUAUACCAUACAAGCCUCCGAUACAGAUUGUUAUACUUAUUGUGGGUACAAGGGGAGAUGUUCAGCCAUUUGUUGCUAUAGGAAAACGGUUACAGGAUUAUGGACACCGCGUAAGAUUAGCCACUCAUGCCAAUUACAAAGAGUUCAUACUCACAGCUGGGCUGGAGUUUUUUCCACUUGGUGGAGAUCCAAAAGUACUUGCUGAAUACAUGGUGAAGAAUAAAGGAUUUCUACCUUCAGGUCCAUCAGAAAUUCCUAUUCAAAGAAAACAAAUGAAAGAAAUUAUAUUUUCCUUAUAUCCUGCAUGCAAGGAUCCUGAUCCUGACACCGGUAUUCCUUUCAAAGUGGACGCAAUUAUUGCCAACCCACCAGCAUAUGGACAUACACAUGUGGCAGAGGCACUAAAAGUACCCAUUCAUAUAUUCUUUACCAUGCCAUGGACGCCAACUAGUGAAUUUCCUCAUCCUCUUUCUCGCGUGAAAACAUCAGCUGGAUAUCGACUUUCUUACCAAAUUGUCGACUCUAUGAUUUGGCUUGGGAUACGUGAUAUGAUAAACGAAUUCAGGAAAAAGAAGUUGAAGCUGCGUCCAGUAACAUACCUAAGUGGUGCACAGGGUUCUGGAAGUGACAUUCCUCAUGGAUACAUCUGGAGUCCUCAUCUUGUCCCAAAACCGAAAGACUGGGGCCCCAAGAUCGAUGUUGUUGGAUUUUGCUUUCUUGAUCUUGCUUCUGAUUACGUACCUCCAGAAGAACUUGUGAAAUGGCUUGAAGCUGGUGACAAGCCAAUUUAUGUUGGUUUUGGUAGCCUUCCAGUUCAAGAUCCAGCAAAGAUGACUGAAACCAUUGUCAAAGCACUCGAAAUGACUGGACAGAGAGGUAUCAUCAACAAAGGUUGGGGUGGCCUUGGAACAUUGGCAGAACCAAAAGAUUCCAUAUAUGUACUUGACAACUGCCCUCAUGACUGGCUUUUCCUGCAGUGUAAGGCAGUGGUACACCAUGGUGGUGCUGGAACGACGGCUGCUGGCCUGAAAGCAGCGUGUCCUACAACUAUUGUACCUUUCUUUGGCGACCAACCUUUCUGGGGAGAGCGGGUGCAUGCUAGAGGGGUAGGGCCUUCGCCUAUACCUGUUGAUCAAUUCAGUUUGCAGAAGUUGGUUGAUGCUAUAAACUUCAUGUUAGAUCCAGAGGUGAAAGAAAAAGCCGUGGAGCUUGCAAAGGCCAUGGAAUCUGAAGACGGCGUAACGGGCGCAGUUAGGGCAUUCCUCAAACAUUUGCCUUGUAAAACAGAUGAAAAUUCACCCCCGCCGACGCAUGGCUUUCUAGAGUUCCUUGGCCCAGUAAGUAAAUGUUUGGGGUGCUCUUAGGUGCUGGUCAGAUGCAGGUAUACCAUUCCUCCCUGCUGAAAGAAGAGUGUAAAAAAAGGCUCUUGGGUGACCGCUAUGCCAUUGUGUGCGAUAAGAAUGUGGAAGCCAAAUGUUAGAAGUUGAUGUACAUGCGGCCAGGAAUGCGUGAUUUAUCAUUUUGCUUUCUUUUUGUAUGUGUGUUGUGUAAAGAGUACUUGUCUGGUGAUUUCAUACAUCAUUUUGGUGUGGUUGCAACCUUGGCGUGCGGCAACCGAUGAUCUCUCAUGUAUGACCAGGCAACUUGUGUAUAUGGAAAACUUGAAAGAGGGCAGAUUAGUUCAGUUA